AUGGAUGUAUUAAGGAAAGGCUGGUUUACUGAAUCAUGUGAAAUGUGGCCUGGAGGUACAUUUUCAUUUGAAGUUAAAGAAGUUUUGUGUAAAGAAAAAUCACAGUAUCAAGAUAUUUUUGUUUGCAAUACUAAAAGUUUUGGCCGAGUUCUGGUGUUAGAUGGAAUCAUACAGUGUACAGAAAAAGAUGAGUUUUCAUAUCAGGAAAUGAUAUCCUUCCUGCCAUUAUGUUGUCACAAAAACCCAGAAAAAGUCCUAAUUGUUGGGGGUGGUGACGGUGGUGUGGCAAGGGAAGUUGCUAAGCACCCUAAGGUCAAAGAAAUCGUACAGGUUGAGAUCGACGCGAAAGUUAUAGAGGUUUCCAAAAAGUAUCUACCAUUUAUGGCGGUGGGCUUCAACAGUGAGAAACUAACUUUACACGUUGGAGACGGCUUCGAAUUUAUGAAAAACCACAGCAGGGAAUUUGACGUCAUCAUUACUGACAGCAGUGACCCAGUAGGUCCGGCCGUAAACCUUUUCCAAGAGAACUACUUCGCUUUAAUGAAAAGUGCGCUCAAACCGAACGGCAUAGUUUGUUCCCAAGCUGGAACUUUCUGGAAUGACAUCGAAUUAGUCACAAAAACUUUGCAGUUUUGUAGGAAUCAAUUCCCGGCCGCUGCUUACGCGUACGCUUCGGUGCCGACGUACCCAUCAGGUUUGAUAGGUUUCGUAAUAGGUUCGCUGGAUCCAAACGUCAAGUUUGACAGCCCACAGAUAACUUUUACAAAGGAAGAGGAAAGGCAAAUGAAUCUUAGGUACUAUAACAGUGACAUUCACAAAGCGGCAUUUACGUUACCCACUUUUAUUAGGAACCAGCUGGCCUAA